CCUGCAACUCCUUCAGUUAUCAGAUUGCAAACACUUUUCCCACCUGUAUCUAUUUUUAACUUCAUGACACAAGUCAGCAUUAAUAUCUUCUGAAAGAUUUCCCCGUCCAAAUAUCCUGGUCUUCCUUUACGCUACUAGUGGGAACAGCCUAAAACAGCUACCUACCAGUCCCAAAAUGUACCUGGUCCUCCCACCCCGAUUUCGAUAAAGGACCUUGCGUUGUGCCAGCGAGGAUCCCUGCCAACCAACAUGUCUCCCCCCAACUCAUCCUAUGUUUCUUUGGCAAAAGCGUCCAACCCGGAUCGCGACAUUCGUGUUGGGCGAACUGCAGCAUACCCUAAACAAUACUGGUACCUCAUUGCGAGUUUCAUUGCUUUGGUUUCGCUAUGUCGCAUCUUAUCCCUGGCGUAUGCAUACACUCGCAGGCCACAAGGUCGGUCCAAGGUCUGGCGUCUACCCUCUACAGUUGUCAAUGUCUUCCGCAUCAUUGCGUUUCGCUGGACCGUCCCUUUGGGUCGUUCACAUGUUAUGAACCUCGCAGAAAUCUUUCUCGGUGUCAUGUACCUGACUGCCAUGCUUACAUGGACGUUGAUAAAUACGACGGCCACAACGGGACUCAAGUUUGAUCCGAAGUAUUGGGCGAACCGGGCUGCAACAAUGGCUGCAUCACAGUUUUCGCUACUCGUUGCAUUAGGUAUGAAAAACAAUAUCAUAUCUUUUUUAACGGGAGUUUCAUUUGAGAAGCUCUGCAUCCUCCACCGGACCGUAGCAAGAUCCCUAUGCGUGAUUAUAUGGGUGCACGCUUCAGGAAGAAUUAAGAUUGGGUUAGGCGACGGCUCGUCGACACUUCACGAAGAGCGAUGGCUUCAGUGCGGCAUCCUAGCCCUUACCUCUCUCACGGUUUUGUCAAUCCUAUCGAUCCGCCCACUCCGAAGUCCCCGUUACGACUUGUUCAAAAUUGUGCACUUUUUGUUUGGAUCGAUUAUCCUCCUCGGCGCAUACUUCCACAUGCAAAUUGACGCGCAAUUGGGUCACUAUGUUUGGCCCGCGAUACUUCUUUGGGGUCUGGAUCGUGUUCUUCGUUGGUGUCGUAUGCUACUUUUCUUGCAGUUCUCGUCUAGCAACAACGCAUCCAUUGACGUCCUAUCCCCGAGCUUCGUACGUGUGAUCGCCGACAAGCCCAGAUUUUUCUAUUGGAGUCCGGGACAAUGCGCCUAUCUGACAAUCCCAAGUGUCGGUCUAGUAGCUCACCCAUUCACUAUUUCGAGCGUUGACACACGGAGCAAGGAAGACAAACUGAUCUUCCUCGUCCGUGUUCAUGAUGGAUUCACUAAAAGGCUUUUGAACAAAGCUGAAGAUGGACAGAGGAUGAGACUAUUACUUGAUGGGCCAUACAGCUCUCCCCCCGUGACAAGAGGCUUCGAUAGCGUCGUCUUGAUCGCAGGCGGCACGGGAGUAGCCUUCACGUUGCCUCUCCUGCUGGAUUUAUUACAGCAGAGUAAACAAGGGAAACGCCUCCCCUGCAGCAGAAUUCUUUUCAUAUGGGCCAUCCGCGAUGCAGACCACAUCAAUUGGAUCUCUGCACCGCUUGUUGAUGCACUGAGCAAUCUUCCUAAGGAUCUGGAAGUCUCUAUCAAAAUCUUCAUUACAGGUUCUGCUACGCGGCGUGAGGAACUGAGCGAAGAUUGGGAGGACAAAAACUCUGGUAUCGGUACGCCCUCUUCGGAAUCGGAGAAGCCAGGCUGCGGUGGCAUUUUGACUGCAAGCACGGCCGUGAACGUCACGCAAGGUGAACGACCUGACUUUCCGAGCUUGCUGCAUGCCGAGAUGUCAAACGUCAAGGAUGGGAGGAUGGGAGUCAAUGUAUGCGGUCCAUUCGGCCUCGCUGAAGGGAUCCGUCGUGCACUCAGAGCACCUCAAAUUGGUAAUGCCAUGACGGGCCAGCCGAGCAUUGUGUUACACGUUGAGACGUUUGGGAUGUGAUUUGAAUCAGUCCGGUGUUAGUUACGUAGUACUAUGCAAACGUCUAUCAUGCUUUCUUUCCCUUUACGAAAAAGUAUCGCUAGUUAGCAGACCAAUGAAACACAAAAACAUUUCUGUUCAUUUUGGGGUUAAUAUUGAUACAACUAUAUGUUAGAUCUACUUUGGUCGUGAGCGGACGUUAUAUAGUUCCUACGACUAUGCAUGCGUGGGUGAGGGUAGGAAACCAAAGGAAAAGAGAGCAGAAUUGUUUCAGCACUGGGCUGAGUAAACCAAGCAAGAAUCAGCGGAAA